GCCGGGAGCGCCGGGCGGCGUCUCUGGUGACAGGGUCGGGCCUAGGGCAAAGGUCAGCCUCUACGUGGGGGCACUCCGGUUGCCAUGGCGGCGUGCGGGGAACCCGGCGGGCAGUGGCAGGAGCAGGUGGCGGCCGUGGUAGUGGUGGGCUCCUGCAUGACCGACCUGGUCAGUCUUACUUCUCGUUUGCCAAAAGUGGGAGAAACCAUCCAUGGACAUAAGUUUUUUAUUGGCUUUGGAGGGAAAGGCGCCAACCAGUGUGUGCAAGCUGCUCGGCUUGGAGCGAGGACGGCCAUGGUGUGCAAGGUUGGCAAAGAUUCUUUUGGCAAUGAUUAUAUAGAAAACUUAAAACAGAAUGAUAUUUCUACAGAAUUUACAUAUCAGACUAAAGAUGCUGCUACAGGAGCUGCUUCUAUAAUUGUCAAUAAUGAAGGCCAGAAUAUCAUCGUGAUAGUGGCUGGAGCAAAUUUACUUUUGAAUACUGAAGACCUGAGAAAAGCAGCCAAUACCAUCAGCAGAGCCAAAGUAAUGAUCUGCCAGCUAGAAGUUUCUCCAACAACUUCUUUGGAAGCCCUGACAAUAGCCCACAGCAAUGGAGUGAAAACAUUGUUCAAUCCAGCUCCUGCCAUAGCUGACCUGGACCCCCGGUUUUAUACCCUCUCGGAUGUCUUUUGCUGCAAUGAAAGUGAGGCUGAGAUUCUCACCGGCCUGCCGGUCAGCAGCCCCACAGAUGCUGGCAAGGCCGCACUGACCCUCCUGCAAAGGGGCUGCCGGGUCGUCAUUGUCACCUUAGGUGGCGAAGGAUGUGUGAUGCUGUCACAGACAGACCCUGUCCCAAAGCACAUUCCCACAGAGAAAGUCAAGGCUGUGGAUACCACGAGUAGACCUGGCCCUAGACCCAAGAGUGGAGCAGCAACUGUAAGACAGCAGAAAUAUUAUAAAUAACCCAGAGAACCCUUUUAUAACAGCAACUGCUUGCUGAUUUUGUGGCCUAACAGCUCAAGCAAAAAGGGCUAUAAAUACAAUAUUGUGCAAUGACUAAUUACUCAAAAUCUUUUGCAUCAGCAGAAGUGGAACCUGUGCUUGGUGCUAAUAUUAUCAAAUGCCUUUAUGUUUAAUAAUCUGGUAACUGUAUUAUUUAGCAUGCCAUUUUCAUGGAGAACAAUGAUUUUAUUUCAAGUACCUUUCACUGAAAUAAAAAAGCAGCUGUUAGGAGUGUUUUAGCGGAAUCUUUUGUGAGAUACUAAGUCAUAUUGGGUUAACUGUUUUCUGUCUCGAACAGUGGAGUCACAAAGUAUAAAGGUCGCUGACCACAGAGGGCAAGGCCAACCUUUAAGACCCAGUGAAUCACUCAGACAUUUUCAUUUCAAGUGCCGCUUAUUCACUCAUAUAUAAAGUUAUUUAUUCACAAAGCUUCCAUUAAUAUUGCCUGAAGAAUGGGCCUUUAUUAGUCCAAAUUUUACUUCUCUUUCAUUAAUAAUAGCAUUCUUUAAAUUAUGGAAUAAAUUAAUCCACCACAGACAUUUUAGCCAGAAGGGGGUUUUUAACCAGUUUCAAGUCUCCACAAGCCAU